AUGGAGCAAGUAUCGCGGAAUAUAGAACUUUUGCCCGAGGAGACCCUCGUGCGCAUUGGGAAAGGCCCGCUGGUGAAGUUCACCAAUUCUUGUGAAGAUAUUGAGAAAGUGAGCCGAGUCUUCCAGUCGCUACUGAAGACAUAUUCUACGGCUUCUCUUUCUCAUCCGCACACCACUGCUGCGUGUAAUGCAAUCAGUGCCUUUUUGGACGCUGCGCGGACCUCCACCCGUGAGGGAACGAGGCAGCUAGCCCGCUCUGAUGAAACUUGGCUAUCUGUAUUCGAGGUCUUCAUGACCCGGUACAAGGAUGUCAAGCCCAAGCCGAUGAAGCAGGUGCUGGAGUCGCUGGUUGCCCUGUUGGCCAAGACUCGUCAAGAGAUUGACCGGUCCGCGCUCCGCCAGAAGAUCGUUGAGGCUACGAUCCCUAGCAUCGUCCUUGGCGAGCCUCGUGCUCGACUGAAGGCUUCUUUCGCCUCUCUAGAGAUGCUUUUGCGCAAGAGUGCCAUCACGCCGUUAGAGCUGGUCUCACUGACGGACCAGUGGCUUGUAGAUCACUACGAACAGUGGACGGCGCUUUUCAAGGAGGACUGCAAAGCUCUGUCUAUUGAUUUCUCCCAGUAUCUUCAGAAAGGUUCUGGCAGGGAGACGUACCAGAUAGCAGCUCAGAUUCUGGUCCUGGGAAUGCUGGCUCGCGCUACCAAAGCGGAGCUUGCUGCCUCUUCAGGUGACACUUUGGCGGCAUUUCUCCAGAGAGUGAAGGCUUCGCCAGACGCUCAGGACUUGAAGUCUGUUUGGGUGGCACCCGUUCGCCAUGUGUCGUUGCGCAACCUGGAUAACCUGGAGUAUAUGUCCAACUAUGUUCUCCAGCCGUCGUUCGCGACUGAUCCGGCUGGCUUCAAGUCGUUCAUUGAGCGGCUACCUCUGAGCAGUCUUCUGGCUGGCGAUAUGAGCGAUGCCCCGCUGGCGGAGUUCAUGCUAUUAUUCGCUUCGUUGCAAAUCGCCAAGAAAAUCGGGCUGAUUCACGAAGAUCAUUAUAUCCCCAAGGCUGGGGCCAGCGACGAAAAUGUUCUUGUCUUGAAGAGCGAAACCAUCGGCCAGUUCCUCUUCCAUCGCGAUAUCACUAUCAGAAUCGCGACACUUUCCCUGCUGAUCACUGCGCCCUCCACGACAAGGCCAGUGUCUUCUGCAACAAUGAAUGCCAUUCUUAGCGGACUGCCGUCUAUGCACACCGAGUCGGACUCCUAUUCAAGAGGCGAGAUCUUGAGUCUGAUUCGCAAAUUGAUAAUCCGACUCAAGGGAGGACUCUUGGAAGAUCAGGACGGCCUGACCGAGCAGAAAGCCCCAGCGAACAAAAAGCAGCAGCCCAAGCUUGCUCGGAACGACACCACCACUCGGGCGUGUAUGCAACAUUAUGUGGAUUUCUUGAAGGCCGACCUGCGCCCCACGGCUUCUUACCCACGCCACGUUUCCGCGCUGAAGACCUUGAUACUCCUCCUCCAAUCCGGUCUCGAUUCUCGACUCAAACCAUCGGAUGGUGUUAAGACAAAGUGGCUCUGCAACGUGGAGGUGUAUGAGCCUACUUUGCUGAGACUGCUGGUUGAUCUUCUGCUCGAUCCAUUCGAGGAGGUACGCGCUACUUCGCUUUACAUUCUGAACCUCUUCCCACGGGAGGUAUUAUUCGACAACGACAAGCAAGCUGGCGUACCACAAAUCAUUGAGGGUCUCGCAAAGGCCGAACAACUGGCAAGCAACACCAGCAGAGCUGACUUUGCAGACACCGUUGCUCGUCUAUACCAUAUCCUCUUCCGCGCAGCCGCCGUGGAUGGUGCAAGUGACGCUGCACGCUGGUGGGAGAACAAGUCCAUGGUUGUCGAUACCCUUCUGAAGAAGUUGGAGCAAAAGCUCUCCCUUGCCGGCGGCCUGUUUAACUCUUCUAUGCGAGACGCACCUUUGCAUGGAUAUGUAUCCGCUUUGAGGUACAUUGUUGCGACCCCCAAUUUCUACUCGUUUGUUUCCAGCAAGGAAUCAUCAUAUGAAAAUUGGAAGGCUAUUCAUCUCAGGAUCGUGCAAGUCUGCGACAAGAUUUGGAACGAGGUUAAGCCUGUUCUUUGCAUCGACUCGCCGGAAGGCCAUACGGAUGAGCCCAUUGAGGAGCUUGGUGUCGGUCCUAAGGAUAUCUUGUCUUACUCAUGGCGUGCUCUUCGCGAAUCAAGUCUUCUCCUGCAUGCCUCACUUUCCAACAAAACGUACGGCCCGCAAGGCGAGUCUGGAUUGACGGUCGAGCAUUUUGAGAAAAUCGGAACACUCAGCUUCAUCCAACUUGCUGAACUCCGGCACAGAGGUGCCUUCUCCACUGUGUCUCAGACAUUUGCUACUUGCUGUCAGCGGUGCGGCCAGUCAACCAGCGAAGAGAUUUUCGCCCUGCCCAGUCGGUGGUACCAGGAAGCGAAGAAAAUCAUCUUCGAGUCCGCUUCGAAGCUUACACGUCGCUCAGCUGGUCUGCCAGCUUUGAUUGUCGGUAUCCUUUCAUCAAAGCCUGGUGGUCCGCUCUUCCAAACCGUCAUCAAUGAGCUGCAUGAAAUCUCUCAUCUUCCCGCGGAACAUGAUAAGUCGAGGCAAGACGUACCGUUGCCACAGGUGCAUGCAAUGAACUGUCUGAAAGACAUCUUCACCAACAACAAGCUUGGUCCCCACACGGAGCCUUUCAUUAUGCCUGCCUUGAGGCUCUCGGCUGAACGGCUGGGGUCGCCUAUAUGGGCACUCCGUAACUCCGGACUGAUGCUGUUCCGUGCUUUGUUGACGCGCAUGUGCCGCACUGGUACUGGACUAGGAUUCGGUGGAGCUUCAGGCUCAGAACCAGGUGCCAGGGUUUCCUUCCAGAAGUAUCCUGGCCUCUUUGAACUCCUGCCGACCCUUCUCAGCCCAUCGGACCAGAGCAACGCCAAUGACGGCGAUAAUGCUAUGGUUACGGAGCGUGUUUUCCCAGCUUUGGAGCUCAUCGCAGAGAAGGUACCCAAUGUCACCGGAGUUGAUGACGAUGUGCUCCGUGGACUUGUCAGAGAACAGUUCAAGAGUCCAGUGUGGGGUAUCAGAGAACAUGCAGCCCGAGUUUAUGCUUCAUUGCUGAACCGUUCGGAUGUCCUGACCAGCAUCAAGGCGUUGUUGAAUGAUAAGAGAGACACGAAGACCCAAGACUAUCUCCACGGAGAAGCCCUUUGCAUCAAGUACUCUCUUAGGAGAUAUGCCUCGAGCUCUCUCUCUUUCUGGAACGAGCACGUUGAUGAGGUAUUGUCUACCCUGAAAGACGUCUUUGCAGCAUCCUUCCCGUUUGCAGAGUCUCCGUUCGUGGCCAGUAUUCUGUUGGAGGUUCUUGGCGAUGUCAUCGAAAAGUGCAUAGAAUCAGGAGCGGAAGGACAAAUGGCUUCGACGCUUAACUAUCUCUGCGAAGCUUAUUCUUUCGCCGCCAUCCGGGAGUUCUUGUUCGAUUCUUCGCAUCCUUCCUGGAAGACUCUGAGCACCACACGCGCUCCCUCUCUUCUCCGUCGGGCCAUCUCAUGGGUCACUGUCCUGCAGAUGUUCAUUACGAACAAAUUGUCCGAAGUCGAGCCACUUCUUGGAGAUAUUUCGCGCUUCGACCCCAAUGCUGGUCAAUGGUUGUUGGAGCGCAUCCAGGAGAUCAUCGGCGAGCGAGUCCAGUACAGACGAGCUCUGAUUGACCUUUAUUAUACCGUUAUCCUUGGCGCUUAUCCAGAGGAAGUCAAAGCAGUAGCGAUCACAUGCCUGGCAUCUGCUCUGUCGUUUGUCCUCGACUUCCACAAUGACACUGUCUCUCAAACCGACCUUUCAUGGGCAUCCUUGGAAAAGCACCUCAAGCACGCUUCUACCGAGCACAUAUGGAACAGGGACCGAUCGGACGCCGAAUUGGUUCUUGAGGGAUGUCUUCUUGCCCUGAAGACGAUCUCCGGUGGCCAGAGCUCAGAGCUGAACAUCCUUGAAUGGGCCACACGGCUCCAGUCCGCCAUGCAAGAGGAGACAGAAUUCACUACGCGCUUGGCUGCCGUAUCAUCCGUCACGGCGUUCGCGCGCAUCCUGCGCCCUGCUGGCAGCUCCCCUCGCACCGACAGUGUCUUGUUGGAGAUCUACCUGGUUCUAUACGACAUGCUGAAUGACGACGAUGAGGAACUGCGCGAUCUUGCCGCAUCGACCGCCUCCUGGGUCCUGUCAUGCUCCUCUGUCUCUCCAACAAAGGCAGUUGCGCUAUCUCCUCUGAACGCAAGCGAGCUCCUUUCGAAGUUCAUUGCCGAGAACUACGCCAGCUCACGCCUCCUCUGCCAGCGGUCCAUGGCGUACAUUGCCGACCAGGAGCCUAGACUUAGCAGCGCCACCCCUAAGUUCGUUUCCUUUCUCAGCCGUCUUUCUGAGCUCCGAAAGGAAAGCACCAUUCUCUUUGAAGAAGAAAAGCAGAACCUCUUCAUCGACGAAGUUCGCGAAGUAGACGUUUGGUCCGCGAGGUUGCGUCAGCUGAACGAAUCUUCCUACGAUGAGAGCUCACUCAACGCACUUUUCAGUUGGGUGUCCAAUGGACUGGCCUCCCUUGAGGAGAUUCUCGCAAAGGAAACUGAAAGGGAUGGGCUUCUGGGCUGGGCCUCGAAGCCUGAGACGUUCACUCUGGGUGUACGGGUUUUCAGUGUUGCGGGUGCCGUGAUCUCGAAUGAUUCUGCGGCGUCGAGACUUUUGAGUCAGGAACAGAUUGCUUUGUUGAAGGAGAAGCUCCAGGCGCUGCUUACUUCUGGCGAAGAGUCUUUGUUGCAUGAUGAUUGGGUCUCACGGAUACAGGCUGCCUUGGAAUUGUCAUGA